AUGCUGAUUGGUGGAGGCGAGACUGCCAGUGACGUGGUUGAAGAAUGGUGUGACAAUGUAUAUCGCCUUGUAUGGAGUAUACCUCGAGGGAUGCAUUUCUUCCCUAAGUUUGCGAAGAUUCUGCCGAACCGACAGCCCCAAGUCCUGGACAAGGCUUCAUCUCGUACGAUGAAAUUCGUUGCUCCUUUCACAAAGGGAAAACCAGGUAUUCACAGUAACUCACAUGCCAUCUUGUUGAGUUUAGGUUUUCUUUCUUGAGUUUAUAGAUAAUUGUUCCUCGGCACAAAUUAGACUAGAGGAGACUUGGGUGCCAAAAACUGAUGAUUAAGCAAAAUUCGAAUUCUGAUAAGACAGCGCUGAUCAGCAAUGUUUAUUGAUGUGGCUCUAAACGUUUUCAGUUCGCUAUUUUUGAACCGGCCAAUCCUUCGCAUGAGUUUGAUAACUUUUCUGACACAAGAACAUUACAUGAUAAUACCAUAGCCUCUAAAAAUAACAAUUGCAAUUUAGCAAUAAAAAAAAAAAAUUGGGGACCCGUUUUUUCAGGUAUAGACACAUUAAGCUAAAAUUCAGGGUGUUUUUGAGAGAGUCUAGGCAGUGCUUCCAGGGUAACUUUGUGUAUCAGUAAAGAAAUAAUUACUUCUUGACAAAUCAUUGAGUAUUUUUAAGGACCACUUCCGAGAAAACAAACGAAAAAGAGAAGAAGCCACCAUCCACUAUAGACUUGGUAUAUUAAUAUGGAUAUAGUCCGUUUUUAAACGGCUGUUGUUCUUUUAAACACAAAGAGGGUUUAUACAAAAUUCAAAGUAAAAUAGAUCCAGGGGAUGAUGGUCAACAGUUAUGUAAACAACUGACCUGUCUAUAACUUAAUUACGACUGGUAUUUGUCUCUACUCACGAUGGAGUAAAUUUCGGAUCGAUUUGGGAACGGACAUAGUUGACUUCAAGAUACAAAGUGUUGGUUGGUCGCACUGGGUGCUAACUUAUUCCCUAAUUUUAAAUAUUACCAUUUGUCAUAUUUUUGCCUCACAAUAAUGUUGGUCCUCCUUUCCCUUGCAGGGCUAGCAUGGGUAUGUAAGUGGACGACGAACGGUUCACUACUCGCCUAUCAAGGUCAUGGUAUAUCCGAGUGGAAAAACGACGCCAAAUUUUUCCAUUCUUUUAUCAACAAAAAUUGUCACGUGCUUGAUAGGGUUGAUUAUCACCACUGUGUUCCAAAAGGCGCAAUUGAGAGCGUGAAAGGUACCAAAGUACAUUUCUGUGAUGGCACAGAAGAGGAGGUUGAUAUCAUCAUUCAGUGCACCGGUUUCAAGGCAGAAUUUCCAAUGCUUCCCGCGGAAAUAAAAACGGUUCCUCUUACCCACAACUACAAGUAUCUGUUUAACGUCGAGGACCCGACAUUGGCUUUCAUCGGAUAUGUUCGGCCGGUGAUCGGAUCAUUAAUCACGAUCGCCGAGGUUCAAUCUAUUUUACCGCGAAAGUUUUCUCAGGAUGUGUGA